AUGAAUAUGGCAUAUAUAUUGGCAAAGUUUGAAAUCCACUUACCCAUUUUUCACAAUUACGUACGUCUAUAAUACAACAAAAAAAAAUCACGAACCCUAUGAUACAUAUACAUUAAAAUCUCAUUUCGAUAAAACCGUAUAUAACCCAUAAGUUCCCUAUGUGCCUUGAAACUUGCUUUUCUUUCCCGUACAUUAUGAGUUUGUGUCUUCCCAUAUUGAGUCAAGAUCACCCGGGCAAUUCCACCCUUGAAACCGCUAAAUACGUGCACCUUAGUCCAGAACUCACUCUAUACACCCACUAUAUAUCCAAACGCUAAUUAUAAAAAAUACUUUGGAAGACCGAACAAUAAAAGGUAUUUUCCAUAAACAUUUGGUGUUUAUGUCCGAUUAGACCUAGUUGUAUUUAAUUCUGAUCUCCUCUCGCCUACGUUCCUAUUUAGUGUCAUUUAAAGAUCUUCGUCUAUUAUUCUAGCACUAAGUUUUACCUAUUUUGUAG